AAAGUAUUAAAGCAAAGUGAGCCUUGGCUUUGGCUGCAACAGAGAAGGCGGACCUAAACAUCACUUGGUGGGAGGAAAAUAAAUCCCGAUCUGUGCCACCCGCCUCGGUCCACCCAUCCAAAGUCACAAAGAACUCGCUGAAUUUCUUCAGUAUCUUUUUUUCCCCAUCAGGCCAAAUUCUGCAGUCCAGACCCUUCGUCCACUUGGUAACCAGCUCUGGGAAAGAAAAUGUCCACCAAGCAGAACAAGAGGUCAGUGCCACAUUCGGAGCGCAAGGUGACAACCGCCAUCAAAACGGAGAAACAAGAAUGGCCUGGAAUUCAGUCUUCCAGCAGGGAAGCGGGAUUCCCUCGAGUCUUGCAGGUGGGGACCAUCGGGGAGUACCUGAAAAAGAACCCACCCCAGGAACCGGAGAAGGGGCUGUCCGGAUGCUGGGAGGCUCAAUGGCAGGCAUUCCUGCACACCAUGCAAUCCUCACGUUCCGGGUGGGGAAAUGUGGAGCCACCGGAGGCCAUGCCACGAGACAAUAUUCCCGAUUUUUUCCCCUCUGUGGAGCAAGAGGGCUGCCCAGCAGCCAAAGAGCAGAGGGCGAGGCAGUCAUCCCAGCCUGCUGGGAAGAACGCAGAGUUCCAUAGCCGGGAGAGCGAUGGAGGCAGCAGGAAGCUUACGAAAAAAAGACAGGAAGCUCUGAAGGAGGAAGCAGGAAGUGCGGAAUUAGAACGCCAGCACUUCCGCCAGUUCCGCUACCAGGAAGCUGAGGGUCCCCGAGAGGCUCUUUGCCGACUAGGUUACCUUUGCCGUCAGUGGCUGAAGCCGGAGAAGCACACCAAAGAGCAUAUCCUGGAUCUGUUGAUCCUGGAGCACUUCUUGACCAUCCUGCCCCCCGAGAUGCAGAGCUGGGUGAAGAGAAGGCACCCCGAGACUUGUUCCCAAGCAGCCGCCCUGGCCGAGGAGUUCCUGCUGAAGCAGCAGGAAAAUAAGAGGCAGAUGCAGACGAUCCUCUUCCAAGUGUUGACGGUGAACUUCCCAGUUGUGGAGGAGGCAUCUUCUAAAACAACCCACAGGAGCCCAGGCAGGGAGGCUGAGACCAAAAGAAAAAGAGACGUUAAUGAUCCUCUAGAAGCUGUGAGCUCUUGGCAGACCUUGGAGAAAGACCCUUCUCAGCGGAUAAUGGCUGCUUUUUCAAAUCAGGGCCCACAGAUUCACUCAGAGGCCGAACUUGCUGACAGUCGGCAGGAACGACCGGUGGCUCAGGGACCCAUGUUCACUCGUUCCCCGGAGCCUCUGAAACCCCGGAAGGCGAGAAGCCGGAAGAUUUGCGACAUCUGUGGGAAGAGUUUCAGCUACAACUCGAACCUGAAGCGCCACUGGCGGACUCACACGGGGGAGAAGCCGUACGGCUGCUCGUACUGCGGGGAGCGUUUUAACCAGGCCACGAACCUCAUCCGCCAUCAGCGGAUUCACACGGGAGAGAAGCCCUACAAAUGCUCUGAUUGCGGGAAAAGCUUCAACCAGAGCCUGCAACUUAGCCGGCACCGGAAAACUCUGUUUAAUUGCAGCUAAAAAAAAAAAAAGCUUUCGUAGAGAAACAGUUGAUGUUGUGGUGCUAGGAAUUCCAAGCGAGCAGCAGAAGAAUGCUUUAAGCAGGGAAUUCCCAAGAAUUUAUUGGUUUUUCUGUGGGAAGACUGAAACUGUGCCUUGGCUGAAAAGAUUUUUGGUAGGGAUAGCACGUGGUUUUGGAGAGGAGGGGGCACGAGGAUGUCUGGAGGGUGAAGCAGAGGAAAAUUUGCCCUGUUGCCUUCCUUAUGUUUCUGCAAAAGAGUUGGAAGGGACCUUAGAGGUCUUCUAGUCCAACCCCGUGCUUAAGCAGAGCACCGUAGUUACAACAGCAUGUUUAGUGACCAUUCAAAGUUACAGCGGAGUUGGAAAA